AGUCACACGACGGUCUUCCAAGUUCAGGUGCGUUAAAAACGACCGAAAGGUUGAACACAAAUAGUAAAGGUUUAAACCCAGUUUGGUAGUAAUAUUCUUUAGCUACAUUGAGGUAUUCUGAAGGGAUGGCUUUGACAGUUUGUCGGACUAGCCAAGCCCUACCUGUUUCCACGGUAACGGUGUGAGCGUGGCUCGUCCUCCUGUUGCUCCACCCUGAUAGUCGAACUUGGGGCAUCAUCAGCAAUAGCUCGAGAAUUGAACAUACGACGUUUAUUUCAUAGAUUACCCAUGCAAACUGGACAAAGACUCUUAGAACGACCGCGACUGAGUUCUAGCAAAACACGUUGCUGCUAGAGAUAAAUACCGCUCUAAAGAUCAGCAUUUAUUCAAGGGCCAGCUGUAUCCCAGCCUAGUUUUGGUCCCCAGCUGUUACAUGACCAUGCCAGGGCAGCUGCCCCCCGUAGAGCCUCUCCACUGGGCCUCACCCCCCUCACGCCCCCUGCGCUUUCGCCCCCGGACCGAGGCUGUGGACUGGCGGCGUGUCUCCGCCUUGGACGUAGACCGCGUCGCCUUGGAGAUGGACGUGGGUGUCCUGCAGGAGUUCAUCUCCGCGGUAACCUUCUGUGAUGUCAGCGGCGAGAGGUGUCCCCACUGCCGUAACCCUGCAGAGCCGGCGCUGCUUAAGGUGCUGCGCAUGUCCCAGCUCAGCACCGAAUACCUGCUGCACUGUCAGGAUUACCUGAGCAGCCAGGUGUGCAGCCUGGAGCAGCGCCUGCAGGGGGCGCUGUCCCGGGCGGAGGAGGAGGCAGAGGAACGGGCCCGUCGCACAGUUGAGCUGCAGGCCGCGCAACAAGAGAGCAGACGGCGCAAGAAAAUUAUUUCCACCCAACAGUUUCUCCUGCAGGCCAGUUCCAACAGCUACCACAAGUGCCAAUUCUGUGAGAAAUCAUUCGUCAAUUAUUCCUACUUACAAGCACACCUUCAGCGGAGACACCCAGAGGUUACUGGCGCAGAGAGGCAGAAAAAGAGGCAGGUGGAGGAGGGGAUGCAGGAGCUGAGAGAGAGGCUGGAACUGGCCCAGAGGAGUCUGGAGGCUGAAAGAGAGGCUGACGCUCUCAGGAGACAGCAGGCCCUGGAGGAGCAACGGAGGAAGGAGGCGUUGGAGCAAGAAAAGCUGGAGAGCUGGAAGGAGGAGGAGAGGAAGAAGUUUCAGGAGGAGAUGAGGGACCUGAGGCAGCUCUUCUUGCAGGAGUUCAGAGACAUGGCCAGUAGGAGCUCGUCCAUCGAGACUAAACUGCAGGAGCUCCAGACCAGAGAGGUGACUGCUUCCACCCCGGGCUACUUACAAGAUGAGCUGCAACAGAGAGAGAAGGAACUGAGGGUGAAACUAUCUCAGCAGAAGAGUGAAUGGAAGAAGAAGUUUAAGGAAAUCCAGAACAGACAUCUGCUGGAGAAAGAGGAGCUGCAGACUGAGACUGAGAAGCUGAGGAGCAUGGCUGCUGACCACAGCCCUGCUGACCACAGCCCUGCUGACCACAGCCCCCUGCAGAGGCUCCAUCAGCAGGUGCGCUCCUUCUCCAGGCAGGCCAGGCAACAGGAUCAGCUGCUCAGGGCCCAGGAUGAGACGAUCAGGAAGCUGUCAGCCAGGCACAUACCUGUGAAAGACGCCCCUGUCCAACAAAUAGUCCAGCAGUCCACUGCAGCGCAGGAUAAGGAAGAGGAGAGCGAGGAAGAAGAACAACAAGGUUAUUUAUUCUGGAAAAGUCAGGUAGCCCCUCCUUAUAACAGGUGUUCCUGUCUAGCAGAGGUGGAGGACUCGGAGGAGACCAGGAGGCGGGUGCUGGAGUCCCUGCGCAGGAACCCGGGGCUGGGGAGGGAGCUCAGGCCCCUGCUGGUGUCUGCCCUGGAGGAGAAGCUAGAGAACAUGGGCGUGAGGAAGGGUACCAAAGGCAUUUCCCAGAAGUCCUUCAGCAGCCUGAGUGUGGCAGUGUCUGGCCAGCGCCAGCUGAGGUUCAGACAGGUCUCUAACCUCCCGGGCCUCAGGGAGGCUCUGGCCAAACAGCUGGCUCGGAGGGUGCGCCGCCUGCAGAAGAUGCAGACUACCUCAGAACAUCAUGCAUCUGCAUCACAGGCACAGAGUAGGAGCCCUCCUACUCUGCCCUCCUCUAGGAAGACAGAGAAGGUUCCGGUGACUCAACAAACAUCAAAGCCCCAUCAACAGAAGAACCGAACCCCUCCCUUCAGUUCAGACGAGGAGUCUGUGGAGGACAGCGCUUAUGUGACCAGCCCGGGGAGCAGGUCAGCCCCCUCCGUCAGGGUGGUGCGCUCUGGGCCCCGCCCCCCAGCCCCCCCCACAGACGACUGGUCCGACUCCGACCUCUCUGAGAGGCUCUCCGCCCCCUCAGCUUACCAUGGCCGCGCGGUUCAAGGUGCGUUUGUUAAGUCUCUGACCAGGAGCCUGGAGAGACAGCUGAGCUCCCCUGGGACCAAGCCCCCAGGAGGGGUCAGGGUGGGGCCGCCUCCUGCUGGACCCCCCAAACCUAAGCCCCGCUCUGCUGUCAGACACCUACAGUUAUCGGAGGAGGAGAGCGACCUGGAGCUGUCGUCCAUCGAGGAGAUCCUGCCAGCAGGGGGCGCAGUGAGGGGGGGGCAGGGCAGCACGGAGGUGGGCGGGACCUCGGGGACCAGCGUGUGGAGCUCCUCCAAUAGCAGGGCCGGAGGACUUUGAUAUCCUGCCUCCCUGACGCACGUACAAGUGUGGCCCCAUUUUUGGGUCAGUUAUAAUCAUGAUCAGGAGCUGAAAUACACUAUUGAUUCAUUAAAUAUGCCAGUUUUGAAGAGCUUGGGGAUAUCCUAAUUUCGAAAUUAUGAUAUUUUGUAUUUAAGUUAUGUAACAGUUUGAUAAACUUUAAGCACUCUCCUAUUACAAUGUUGAUUGAUUUUGGGAUUAAUGGGAAAAUGUGUCCAAACUUUUGACUGGUACUGUAUAUUGUGUCCCCAAAAAAAUUAUAUUUUAAGAAUACAUUUUGUAAAAUGUAUAAUGUGAUUACAUUAUAGAAGUUAUACAUUUUACAUUGUAUUCAUUAUUACCUUUAUAUAGCAUUUCUAUCUUGAUUCCAAUAAUACAACACGACACAAUAAUGACAACAAUACUAUUGCUACAAAAUUUCAAUAUUAACAUUUAUGUUGUUUUUUUUACAAAUAAACAUUACAAUGUUCCUCAUGAAUGCAGAAUUAGACACAAAUGUUUUAAUAGUAUAAAAGAACAGGAUAAAAUAAUGAAGAUGAUA